GUCCUAGAAAUGCCUUGUAUACGCAGCGGGCGAUUAGGAUCUCAUGCUAAAAUGUGAAAUAUAAUGUGUUCUGCGAAAGUUACCGACGUGAUCCCGGCCGUUUUCGCCUGGAGUCUUAUAGUAGGUAUUACCGCAGUCUACCUCGUCUUCAUAUGCUUCCAGUUCGCCGCAACGUACUCCUGGUCUAUAUUUGUUCUUCAUUCUAUUCUAGUUUUUUAUGUAAUAUGCUGCCUAACGCGAACAACUUUCAUGGACCCUGGUUAUUUUCCUUUCGCAACGGAAGGAGAGGCUGAAUAUGAGGAAACCAAGUCUGCUCCCGUUCAUCGUGAAUAUAAUAUUAACGGAGUACUAGCGAAAGUCAAGUGGUGCAGUACAUGUUUAUUCUACCGUCCGCCAAGGUGUUCUCAUUGUUCGAUUUGUAACCGGUGUGUAGAUACUUUUGAUCAUCAUUGCCCUUGGGUUAACAACUGUAUUGGAAGGCGAAAUGCACGCUAUUUCUUCAUGUUCCUUAUUUCGCUUACACUUCAUAUGAUUGCUGUGUUUAGUAUAACCCUCGCGUCACUACUACUCAAUGAGCAGCCGCUUAUCUUCUAUACAAACAUUGUACGAAUCAUUACACUUUCUCUAGUUGGUCUAAGUUUUAUUCCGGUUUUUGGACUGACUUCAUUCCAUGUAUAUCUGAUAUCCCGCGGAAUGACAACCAAUGAACAAGUUACAGAUAAAUUUCGUGGACUAUUAAAUCCAUUUACAUUGGGUUGUUUGUUAAAUUGGCGAAGGUUUUGUUGUGAACCUCAAUUUCCUCGUCGUUAUUUGGAAGUAUAUCCAACCAAAUCCCGUCGUACUGGAUGUGUUAAAUUGAAAAAAAACAGAUUUAACAAAUUCAAUCAUUUCACAAUUGUUAGUGGUGGUUCUGGUGCUGCCGAGUUGGCAGAUGAUUCCAUAACCAAUACAUAUGCAGAAUCAAAUCAUAAACUACUCAUGGAUCAUCAUCAUAUGCAUAGUAGUACAACUGCCAGUAGUACUACUACUAAUCGUCAUUACAAUACUGACAAUUAUACUAUGCUUGAUAGUAUUGAUACUAAACUAUCCACUAUUAAUAAUAAUCCAUUUUAUAAUAAAAAACCAAUUGGUGGAGGAAAAUAUGUCUACACUGUAAACAUUCCACAAGAUUCUUCACAUCAUCAUCAACUUCGACAACCAUUAACAACAACUAGUCAACAAGAUCAAAGUAGUAGUAUUCAAUCAACUAAUAAUCCAUUGAUACCACGUGGACCAUUAGUUCAUGAUAAUGAAGAACCAUUAUCUUCAAUUAUUCAUAAUUUAACAUCAGGUCGUAAUACUGUGACAACAACGCCAAUAACACUAACAUCAACAACAACAAUAGCAACAACUACUACUACAACAUCGACUAGAAAUAAUCAUAAAUUAGAAAGUAAUAAUGAUGCUUGUUCAAUGAAUGAACAAAAUCUACCAUCCACAAAUACUAGGCCAUCUGCUGAUUCACUUGGUACUUUAGACAGUGUAUAUCAAGCACAUCAUCAAAAUUCAUGUAAUAAUAGCUGUAAAGUAUUAGCAGACACUGCCAGUAUUAGUCUUUCAGGUUGGAGUGAAGAUGCAGUUUCUCUUAAAACAUUAGAUCGUCUUAUCGGUAUAACACGUCACCAUCCAACAACUGUAGGAAACGACAGUGCAGUCGCCACAAAUGUUGGCGGUGGGGUGGUUGGUGGAGGAAGUAGUGGUCCAACUUAUUUAAAUAUUGAGCGUAUUCAAGAAAAUGGUGAAUCAGUGAUUGAUUCUUCAACGUCUGUUCUAGACCGAAAUAUUUCGAUUGACCAAGAUUCGACACAUUUGUUCAAUUUUAAUUGUUCACAUAUAAACGGUUAUUUGAAUACAAUACCUACUUCUACAGCUGAUUCAGUUAGUCAACAUCUUGCACAUACACUACCUCCAUAUCAACAAAAUAUUGUACGUUCGACUGGUGAGAAUGAUUCAUAUUGUAAUUAUUAUGAAGGCAGUAGUAUAACCGGUACGAUUGGAAAUGAAACUAAUGGAACUGUUAGCAUCAAUAGUAUACCAACAACAUGUGUUAACUCCGCAUCGACGAAUACAUACAAUCAUGUAGAUAAUAAUUCAUUACAGACAAUGCAUGAUCAUCAACAUCAUCAGGUUCAUUAUUCCAAUACAAAUAAUAAUUGUUCUUUCAAUUCUAAUGCAUCAUCAUUAUUGAUUCGUAAUAAUACUACGAUGAAUCAUUAUCCUAUUAUGAAUAGAAAUCAAACACAAUAUACUACUACUAAUACUACUAUUAAUGAUAAUAAUAAUAAUAAUCAUAGUCAUAUUAAUGAAUCUACGCCAAUGUUGAUAAAUGAAGCGCAUAGUUCAUCAACUAAUCAUUUUCAUGUAUUGAAUCCUUUUUCUCGUUCAACAAUUAACAAUAAUAAUAAUAAUAAUAAUACUCAACCUAGUUCUAUUGAAUUAUCUUACAUUCCGUCAUUAUAUCAUCAUACAAGAGAUAAUCGAAGUAACAAUAAUAAUAACAAUAAUACACGUCUAUCAGAAAAUCAUGCACAAACAACAUAUGUUAAUCAAGUUUUUCGUGACCAUUCAGCAGAUCAACAACCAUCACCUAGUGCAAGUCGUUUCAGUUUUAUUUUUUCACCAUUAGAUGUAAAUGCACCGCAUGCAUCACAAGAAACUUUAAGUACAGCUACAUCACAAACGUCUAUACGUCUACUUGGUUCACCAUCUAGUCCAAGAGGUUUUCCACCGGUAUCAUCAUCAUCAUCAUCAUUUCAAUGCACAACUGAAACGACUACAUUGAAUGAAUUAUCAACAAUAUCAAUUAAUAAUGAAACAGCGGAUGAUUAUUGUCUCAGUCGAACUGGUACUAUGCUACCAUCCAGUCGUUUGACAAAUUAAUAAAUAUUAAUAAUAAUCAUCAUAAUCAUAAUAAUGCAUUAUAUGAUUUCUAAUGUUGUUCGUCGUUGUUGUUAUUGACACAAAAAAAAGCCAUUAUCAUAUUCUCACGAUAACUGCCAACUACUUCCACUAUAUAUAUACAUAUUUACUUGUACAACGUGUUUAUUUCAACUGAUUGUUUUAAUGAGCACCAACUUUAUCUGUUUAUUUUUUUCGUCAAUAAUAGCAUUUGUUUGAAACAAAUUUUUUGUUCAGCUCAAUGUGUGUCUGUGUAUGUAUGUGUCUGUUUACCAACUCCUGUUUGUGUGUACAUUUCGUCUCUUUUUUUUAGUUGUUGUUGUUACUCCUGUUGUUGUUAUUGUCAUUGUUGUUCAUUGACAUUGUGUAUGUAGAUAGAUAGAUAGAUAAAAGAAUCAUAUCUACAAACGGCCAACACAUAUAUACACACACACGCACGCACUCACACUGCACAUUCAAAAGUAAUGUAAUUUUUGUUUUUGCACUUACUUACACCUGUUCUUUUUCUUUUUGUUCACUGCUAACUCAUCAUUCACAUCUGUGUCAACUCAACUCUUCUCUGUGUACUACUGCUUGUACACACCGUACGAUGUAUAUGUAUGUAUGUAUGUCUUUUCUUUUCUACUAACACAUUACCUUAAUUAUUAAUGUCAAUUAAUUGUACAACUUACCUUUGUUAUUUUUUUCCUAUUGUUGUCGAUCAAUAAAUUGUGCUAACGAGUGGUUACUCUUGUCAGUAUUAUUAUUAUUACUAUUAUUAUGACACUACUCAAGGAUAUUACACUUUCUAUUAAAAUGUGUUCGUGUGUGUGUGCAGGAAAUUUUAAUUGAAAACCUUCUUUUUUUUCUCAUUAUCUUUCAUCAAUUCCAAUUGUAAAAGUAUCUGAUAAAAAUUUUUAAUGUAAAUUGAAUUAUUAAUUGCCUUGUCUCAUUUUCUUUGAUGGAAACGAUUUCCCGACUUUUUUUCCUUCUUGACUGUUUUUAUUUGUUUGUUUGUGUUCUGUUUCGAUUUGUCGUCGCAGUGUUUGUUAUUCUCUUGCUGGCUUUUUUUUUCUACUGUUUGCUAACUAAGGUGACAUAUUUUUCAGCUCAGUUUUCAGGUUAAUGCAUAUAUUUAUAGCAGCUAGCUGUGCAACACAUACACAAUUUAGGAUAAAUGUGUGUGUGUGUGUGUGAUUAUUAAAGUGUUGUUGUUUCUCAUGCCAUCCAUCCAUCAUUCAUUCAAUUUUUUUUUAAUGCAAAUAAAUGUGUAUACUUGAUAACUAAUUAAUUUAUAGAUCCUUAUAUAAGUAGUAUAUAUAUAUAUAUUUGUGUAUAUGUAUGUGUACAUGUUCUGUAAUGCCAACUUCUGUGUUCAUGCACAUGUUCUAUUAUUAUUAUUAUUAUUUUAUUUUUUCGUAUAAUGAAAAAUAACUUAUGCAACAUUCGACUGAUAUAUAUAUUUGCAUAUACUUGUAAUGUCUUCAUUUUGCUUAGUACUUAAUAUUUUAUUAGUUAAUUGCUUAAAAACUCUAACGAAUUAGUCUUCCUGCUUACUGAUCUUCUCGUUUUCAGUGUUUAAAUUGACAGUCUAGAUUUAUUGUAGUUCUCAUCUUAAGGUCAACUGAAUAUAUAUUAGAAUUAUUGAGGAAAAGACAUUUUCUCUGUGAAAGUGUUGACUGAUAUGAUGAAUAUUGUGCAGUAACUGUGUUUAUUGUUAUAUACUACUGUAUUGUCAUUGUUACUGACGUGUAAAUAGUACAAAAUUUGUAAAACAAAAAAAUCUAUGAUUUAGGAAGAUUUCAAUAUGUACACUCUAUUGUUUGGUAAAGUAGA